CGCUUAAAUCACGUAUCGAGAAACAGCUCUCGGACGAGUGCGUGAAACUCGAUCCCUUUGAACAAUGUACGUACCUAGUCGUCGUCGAGCAUGUUUUUGGUAUUAACCUCGUGUUGACGGAAAGGCGGAAAUCAUAUGACCUAUAUUGCACAUAUGAACAAGGCGCAAAAGGUGUUCAUCCGAGUUCAAUGGUCCAUUCUGAAGCAUGCUGGCUGCGGAAUGACCUCCCCUCUGGCUAUGCGCUCAGAGGUCGCCACCUUACGUUUUUUAAAAUCGAAAACUAAAAUCCCGGUCCCUGGUAUUUUAUAUCAUGACGUCGACGCCGACGGAGCUGUCGGGGGUGAGUGGAUGAUCAUGGAAUAUAUAGACGGCGAUAAUCUCUCUACGGUAUGGAGGUCCCUCGAUGCCAAGCACCGCGAAGAGGUUUGUGUAGCCAUCGCGGAUGUGUGGGCACAGAUAAUCGGCGUCACCUUCCAUUCCAUUGGAAGUUUGUACGAGAAUGAGAGCGGAGAAUUUUACAUCGGACCCAUGACACGUCUAGCGUCCAACCGAAAGACUUCCAUCUCCCCACCGCGACUCGAAAAAUGUGGCCCAUUUUCGAAUGCGAAGGAUUGGAUCCUCGCGACUGCGCGACGUGAUCUGGAUUUUUUGGAGGCACCCUCAGACGACGCAAACCAGAAACAGCGUUUCGUCAACGGUGUCGUAUCUAGCGUCCAGAACUUCGACUUUGCUUCUCAACUUGACGAUCUGCCCAUCGUCCUUGAGCACAUAGACUUUGCGCCACGUAAUAUUCUAGUCAGCCGGACUGACCCAACGAAGAUAGUGACUGUUGUUGACUGGGAAGCCGCUCGUGCUGUUCCGAUGUGGGCCGCGAAUCCCAAUUUCAGCUUCCCGCCGCUGUCAGUGACAGACGAAGAGAGGAAGCACCUGCUCACCGUGAUAAUGAACCGUAUCAUAGCGAACGUUCCUGCUUGGGCAAAGGCGAUAGGACAGGACCUGCAGCCUCUGCGAACCUUGAAUGAUCACGCAAUCUAUAGUGGCAUUAAUCCUAGCCUACUACUCCCUGCUCCAUACUUAUCCUUGUCGGGUACAUAUUGA